UACCAACCCCUCACAACCACUACCACCAAACAUCCACCAUUAACUCAACCAAAUGGACUAGACAUUACAACAUUCCUAAUACCAACAAUGUCACCUAAAGGGGCAGACACAGUGGGGACUUCAGAAGAAGAUCCAUCUGCUUCCCCUCAACAAUACAAUACAAUCCAAUACACCUUACUGGCUGUUCUACCAGUCAUACUGAUCACCUCUGGAGUGGCUUGGUACAUAUACAAGAGAAACAAAGGAAAGAAAAACACAGGAGAGAAAAGUCGUGGGAGCAAAACAGAAGGAGAGAAAAAGGAUGAUCCCUCUGUAAUGUAUGAUACGGUUCAAGAACCCAGAAACAACAACCAAGAGGAGACAACAACACCCCUCAGUGCUCCAGAGGAUCCCUCAGUGACAUACUCCACCAUCGUCUACAUGAAAGGAAAAAGGAACGCAGCAGUGAGUCUGGAGAGCGGUGGAAAAACAGAGUAUGCCACUAUCAAGACAGGCACGUUCUCCUAGAGCCACUGUACUGUAUGGCCUAUUGUCAUCUCACAGCCUUUUCCUGCAGAGUGAUCUCAUAUUGGGCCCAGUAUCAAGAGGUUUGAUCUGGCACACAUGACUACAAAUAUAUUUCACUCUCUACUAAGACAUGUUAAGUGGUUAUCACAGGAAAUCAGAUGUUAACCUACAACCAAAAUAAUAAAGUCCCAGAGAUAUAGGCAAGAUGAUUGGUGAAGCAAUAAGAUACCAUUUAUUUUUAUGUAGCUGAGA